AUGGUAUUGAGGAAACUACAAGAUUUGCAACUUGCAAUAAUAAUAGUUCGCCUUUAUGAAAGAGAUUACGAAGAGCAGGGUAAUUUACUCAGGGAAUUGCUCUGUAGAGAAAUUUUCGGUGCUGAAGUUGCGGAUGUAAAAGACUUUGAUGUCACGUCUAGAGCAAAUCGAAAUCCUUUUGUACGUUCGAUGGCUUAUUGGCAUAUGAAGGAAUAUGUUCGAGCAGCAAACACGUUAGUUGAUGAAGCAGGUCGUGUUCAUUUGGAUGCUUCAAUGGAGUAUUCCUUGUCAGAUAUAUUUAACUUCUACUCAUUUAUACGCAUUCAUCAUCUAGUUAUUCGACAGAGACUUCUAAAUGCUGGAAUUCAGGUAGGAUCAACUGAAAAAUUUUUGACAGUUGCAAAACAACUUGCAUCAGUCAUCACACCGUCUGAACGAAGAUUGUAUUUUCGAACUGCAAGUGCUCAUAUGGCAUCAGGUUGUCCCUUACUUGCACUUGAUGUAUUGGAGCGCUUACCAAAAAAUCUCACUGUAAUGAAAUCGUCAUCUCUGUCGCCCGAGAUGAAUAAACACACUAGAUCGGAGUUGCCAAAAAAUGAUGAUCCGUGGAAUAAUCGAUCAAAUGCCAUCGACUGGAAUGUAUUAACAUCAUCUGCUCAUGUGCAUGGAGAACUAAAUUUGCAAUUGAAUGGCUCGGAAAUAGAUGAACUUGUGGUACAGAAGGAAAGCAUUGCAGAAGUUAUUUCACACUAUUCUAAUAGAACAGAUGAGAAUAAUGCGACACUAGAUGUCAUUGCGCAACAUAUGAAGUUCACUGCGACAUUACGGCUUCUAGUUGAAGAGUUAUCUACUCUUGCAAGUGCUUUCGAAGUAGAUGGCGGACAGUUGAGGCUUCAAUUACUUAAUUGGCUAGAGGCAGGCGCAAGUGUGCUGCAGAAGAUAUGUGGUAAUCAUCGUAGUGAUUAUAGUAAUUUGAAACUCGUUGAUAUUACUGAAAAUGAAGACGAAUUCAAUGAUGAUAUAAUUAGCGAUCACAAGACUAUUCAUAUAAAUAGAGCAGAGACUGGAUCCCAUUACGUAUUGCAUCAUCGACGAUGGUUACGUACAAAUCAGAAGUUAUUGCGUGCUUUUAUAUCGUACUGCACUCUGCAUAACUCUCAAAGCCAUCGCUUAACUGCUGCACUCAUGGAACUUCUUUUAUUACAAAUGGAAGUGCAGCAAGAUAGCAGAUCGUCAAAGCUCUUCACUGGUGAAUCUUUACCAGUUGUGCAUUCAUUUCCCCUUUUUAUUGCAUCAGUUUCACCACACAGAAUGUUUGUAUCAUCACCGCUCAGUUUUGUGAAAAGUCUGUGUUCCGAUAUUUUGUUGUCAUUGGUAGAUCUUUCCGAACCUCCGCAGAUCGAAAGUUCUCUGACCAAAGUCUAUAAAGUGUAUAGCUUGUGUCAAGGAUUAUCUUCAUGCGUAUACCAGUCACUUUGUAGUGUCAGUAAUAUUUACGGAAGCAGUCACGGAGCUUUGGCAAGGUUAUCAAGAGUAGCAACAGCGAACAACGAUUGCCAAGUGAUGACAUCGCCUUCGAAAUGGCCGGGAGUGGACAAUCUACUAGCCAUUUUAAGUCGAGAAAAAGAUGAAGAAGCUCCGCAACUCAGGCUUCUUAUGCUUGAAACUUACAUUGCAGUAUUUGCAUCUCUUUUCGCGUACGCACUUGCAACUUAUGAUGCGAGAUGGUUAUUUCGAUUAGCAGCUCGUAACAUUGGCACAAAAGAAUUUGCUAUUUUGUUUGGUGGAGGUGGAAAGAAAACGCAAAAGGUAGCUCCUUCAAGGCCCCCUGGUCCACUUGUAAAGCGGACGACUACAGUGUUGAGUGGUUUGCCUUCUAAUGAAACUCACACAGAGUCUAGCAAAAACUGUCUCCCAAUAGACUGUUCAUCAUUUCGAGCUAGUUUGAACACUGAGGUAAUUGGAGUUGAAGCAACCAUCAUAUCUUCUGAUGGUUUUCCAGCAAAUAAAUCACGAUCUUUAAAAGAACAAGUGCCAUAUGAGUGGAUACCACCAAAGAAGAGUAUGGUGCAGUUUUUUGCUGAAAAGCCAGAAUUAUCUGAAAUCCUGGAUGGAUGUUAUGAUUCGGACGAAGAACAUCACGAAUCAGUAAUUGAAUUAGAAGAACAACUGCAGAAAAAACAGCACAGUGAUUCAGAAGGAUUCGCCUGGUGGCUCUUACGUUUAGCUCUUACCCAUCAGCAGUUAUAUCGAAUGAAGUCUUUUUUGCAGCUUGCAGGCCUGGAAUAUUCAGAAUUGCCAGCCUUAUCACCUCGUGCAAAUGCUGUUUUUAAACUUAUCGAGAAUUGGACGAAACAACUUGAAGAUCACUUGUAUACAAUGCCUGAUGGAUGCCCUUCUGAUUUGCUUCCCGAUUUAUCUAUUAGAAAAGAUGAUGGUGGUGCAGAACCACUUUUGAAGAAAUACAGUGUUCUGACAGAAACAAAUAACACACCUUUCGAAUGUGUGGAUCCAUCUGUGUUACCUGUGAAAAGAAUUUGGCUUUAUCUCGUUCGUCAGGAUCAUAUUUUGCCCCUUUUCAUCAAACAUAUAUUUGGCUUCGGUGAUCAGCAGGAAGAAAGUAUGGUUAGGGAAGGCGCAACUGAACUGGAAAAUAGAGAUACCGUAAAUGUAUUCAAAAUUGUACAGCGAGAACACGAGCCAAUAGCAUCAUUUUGUUGUAGUGAGGUGAGACCUGGUUGGUUAGUAGUUUCAAACACACGAGAAUUACAAGAAAUGGAUAUUACAGCAUUGCUUGACAAUGCGGAAAACUUGAAACUUUCUUCUUGGUUGUUUAAUAGAACCGAACUUGAUGUUGCACUUGAUGGAACCAAAAGGGAUGUAUUUAAGGAUAACGAUGACUAUCAAUUAAUAACUGAAAAUGGACUACAAGCCACCACCAUAAAUACAAUGUAUAAAAGACAAGUUAAUGGAAUACGGCGGCUUGAUUCUCAUCCAACAAUGCCUUAUUAUGUAAGUGGAUCAUCGGAUGGCUCAAUACGAAUGUGGGAAUGGGGAGUUGGACAGCCUUUUUUUACACCUCGGAUAGCUGGGCAAUAUGCCAAAAACCAGAAAUGUCAUUCUAAAUCUGCAGCAGAUGUUCGGUUUUUGGGUUCUACUUCUUCUGUUCUGGUUACUGCAGGUCUAAGCUUGUCUGACGAAAACAUUAACCUUUGGGAUACCCUUAUGCCGCAGUCAAAAGCACUCAUUCAUUCCUGGACAACACAUCCUGAGGGAGCAACUUCUGUGAUGUAUUUAUCAUCAUAUCAGACAAUAGUGUCUGGCGGACGACAUGGAGAAUUGUGUGUAUGGGAUGUUCGACAGCGUCGACUUCGUACAACAGUGAAGUGUUUCGAAAAUUCUUCUGUCAAAUGUCUUGUGAGUGAUCCAUUUCAGCAAAUCAUUGUUGCUGGAUCGAACGAUGGGGAUAUAAAGGUCUGGAAUGCUGAUCUUGUACCACAGCUUGUAACUUCGCUUGAUGGUGAACAUGUUGCUCGAGGAGGAUUCAGUUUACGUCAAGUGGCUUCAGUAGUACAAGGUGUGCAACAACUAUAUGUUGAUCCAGAAAUUCGUCUCUUUUCAUGUGGUGCCGACUGCUCACUAAAAAUACGAUCAUUACGUAAUAUGACGUAA